AAGAUAUAUUGUUGUUUAUGUUUAAAAUACUUUAGCGUCUGCUGUGUAUUGCUGGAAUUAUCAGGAUGCGGUUGCAAGUCAUUAUUCAAUUACUGAUGUGUAUAACAAUCUUCGGCAUCUGUUUUGGACAAGAAAUUGCUUGCGACGACCGGGAGACAAGAAUUUACAAAUGCAAUAACGGAAAGUGUAUUUCGAGGAAUCAUUUUUGUAACGGAACAAGCGAGUGCUCGGAUGGCAGCGAUGAAUAUACAAACACAACUCUAAUGGACGGGAUGAUGUGUCAGACAAGGAGAUUUACACCGGUGGAAAAACAUUGUGUUCUACCGACAGCAUAUCUGUGUGACCAUGAAAUUGAUUGCGUCGGAGGCCACGACGAAUGUGGAUGCAACCAUACGUUCCAGUGCGACAACGGAGACUGCGUGUUGAAAGUUUCCUUCUGCGAUAACAUGGAACCAGAAUUUGGUUGCCUAGAUGGAACUGAUGAAAGGCUAUUCAACAGAACUACUAGAGAAGGAUUCCAAUGUCCCGUAACUCGAACACAUCUACGUAAAACCUGUGUUUUACCGGACCAAUAUAUCUGCGACGGAGACUCCGACUGUGAUUUUGGAAUCGACGAAUGCUUCUGUAAUUUUACUGGAGGCAAAAAGAAAGGAAUUCCAUUGAAUGAUGUUUAUUCGAACGAAAACUGCUUUCGUUGCCUGGAUGGAUCGCUGGUGAUUCCUAACAUUCACGUUUGUGACGGCAUAAUACAUUGUGAAGAUCUUUCUGACGAAUGUAUUUGUCCCGAAACAAUAGAAAAACCGAGACCAGCAAUAUGCGACAGUGUUUGUGAAGGUCCGAAAUGUGGAUGUCCGGGGCAAGUUGAAUGCAUUCCUAAAGUGUUUUCAACCAGCAAUGGGACGUCACAAAUACAAGAAGAAAAAGUGUGCAUUGACCAUACUUCUAUAUGCGAUGACGUGUUCGAAUGCGAAAACCACGUUGACGAAACAUUCUGCCCGAUUGAUAAUAAUACGUUCUUGUGUUAUGAUGGAAAUAAGAAAAUAAAACAACAUCAACUCUGUAAUGGCCCAAAAGACUGUGACGACGGAUCAGAUGAAUUACAUUGUCACCAAAUAAACGAUUAUUUCUGCAAAUCGUAUCGAAGAUUCUUCCGUGAUGUCCGAGAUUGGGACAACGCUACCGUUACGGAGCAAGAAGUGUUCAUUCCACCGAACGUUGUUCUCGCGUUUGAUAGGCCGUUCUUCACCCAUGCAUGUGAUGGGAUCCCUCUUUGCCAGGGACUUGAUGACGAAUGCAACAACGGUUGUCCGGUUGAGCACGAAUACUGCAAACAUGUUACAAGAGGUUUCAGAUGCCCCAACUCAGGAUCUCUUAUAAUCGGAGUUGAAAUUUGCGAUGGAAAGCCAACGUGCAACGAUAUCGCCCCUGAAGUAUCCGUUGAUGAGUUCGGAUGUCCAGGAAGGUUCUACUGCCACAACCGCGGAAAAACCAGGCUUCCGAUCCAUAUCCCUAUAGAUGGAAAAUGCAACGGCAAACAGGAAUGCGACGACAUAAGCGAUGAGUUAAACUGCAGCAGCACAACUCAUUUCUACUGUAAUGACGAAGGCUCAACGUUGUUCGUCCCUAUCGAUCAGGUUUGUGACGGACGGUUUAGAUUUGUAAGAGGGAGGCGACGAAUGCCGGAAUUGUAAUCCAAG